GCGCCUUCCUCCAGACGAGUCGGACUCACGGUCUGUUAGCCACGCGUGGUCGUGACGCUAAUCUGGAGGACCCCAAGCGGAAGAAAGGCGCCUUCGAUCAUUUCCCAGGGCCCGUCCCCAAGUUCUCACUUGCGCUCACUUAGAAAGGUGCUUUUUCUGUUGGCUAAAGUCGCUGGCGCGUCUCUCCAAAAAACAAGUCUCUGCCCGGGGAGCCCGGACUUCCUUAUUUUGACCCCUCCCUGCAUUUUAAAAAGGAAGGGCGCCCUUUGAGAAAUAUUAGUCCUAGAACAGGGUUCUCCAAAGUGAUUUCAUAUGAUCCCCGCUUCCAGAAAGAUGUCCCAGCUUAAGUUCUGUUCUCGACGAUCCCCAGUGGUUUGCUGCAAUGGCUGUGUGGCAUCAAGCCAGUCUCUUGCCACAAAUAUUGGCCUUGAUAUUUUAAAGAUGGGUGGCAAUGCUGCGGAUGCUGCUGUGGCUGUAGCUGCUGCUUUAAAUGUUACCGAACCAUUCAGUACAGGCCUAGGUGGAGACUGUUUCUGCCUGUACUACGAUGCCAGCACAAAGCAGGUGUGGGGUCUCAAUGGAAGUGGACGGUCUCCACAAUCCCUUACUCUUGAGCUGCUAAAAGAGCAUGGCUUUGACGCAGCGAAUCCUCUGCCUUUACGACAUGCAUGUAACAUCACAGUCCCUGGUGCUGCUGCUGGAUGGUGUGAUGCUGUCACAUUGUACGGAAGCAAAAAGCUUUCCAUGGGGCAGAUUUUGCAACCAGCAAUAGAAAUGGCUGACAAGGGCUUUCCAGUGUCUGAGAUUACUUCCUACCAGUGGAAGCAAGAUGCUCAUGUUCUUCAGUCACCUGUAAACCAACAUGGGAAGGACCUGUUGAUCAAUGGUGAAGCACCAGAGCAUGGCCAAGUCUUCCAAAAUCCUCUUUUGGCAAACACUUUUAAGGAGUUGGCAAAAUCUGGCAAAAGAGGGUUCUAUGAAGGCCAUGUGGCUAAAGCAAUUGUGGAUGUUAUUCAGAGUAACGGUGGAGUAAUGGAUUUAGGAGACCUGAAAAAUCAUGUCACCGAAGAAGUUGAACCUAUUGUCACAAAUUACAAGGGCAUGAAUAUUUGGGAAAUUCCUCCAAAUGGGCAAGGAAUCACAACUUUAUUAGCCCUGAAUAUUUUAGAAAAUUUCAGUUUGAAAGACCUGGACCAUAAUUCUACUCAGUACUUGCACAUUUUAAUUGAAGCUUUCAAGCUGAGCUUUGCUGAUAGUUUCUGGUUUUGUGCUGAUCCAGAAAAAGGAACAGUACCUACAGCACAGCUCCUUUCUAAAUCUUAUGCCAGAAACCGUUCAAAGCUAAUCGAUUUACAGAGAGCAACUGCCAAAUAUAGUCAUGGAAAUCCCUUCCCAGUGGGGAAUGACACAGUUUAUUUUAGUGUGGUGGAUGCCGACGGCAAUGCCUGUUCUUUCCUUAACAGCCUCUAUAAAGGAUUUGGUACAGGGCUGGUGCCAGAUGGCUGUGGAUUUACACUGCAAAACAGAGGAGCCAGUUUUUCACUACAGCCUGAUCAUCCAAACUGCCUGGCCCCUAGGAAGCGCCCCUAUCAUACAAUUAUACCAGCUCUGGCCACUGCUGCUGAUUCAGGAGAACUUUUGUGCUGCUUUGGAGUGAUGGGAGGAUUCAUGCAACCACAAGGUCAGGUGCAAGUACUACUGAAUAUGUUAGAAUUUGGAAAGAAUCCACAAGAGGCUUUGGAUGCAUCUCGUUUUUAUAUGGAGUAUAGCAAAAAAAAUGCGUGGCAGGUGUUCUUGGAAGAUGGCAUUCCUCAAAACGUAACAGAUGAUUUGAAAGCCAUGGGUCAUAAUGUCAUGGAACCUGUACUUGGCUAUGCCAGGAGCAUGUUUGGACGUGGUCAAAUUAUCACCAAAGGAGAAUGGUGGAGACAAAAAGCCCUCUCUUCUUCUUACAGUGUUCUCUGGGCUGGAUCUGAUCCUCGAGCUGAUGGUUGUGCAUUGGGAUACUAGUGUGGAGGAAAAGAUGGCUAGGUUAAGUGAAUAAAAUCAAAUUCCAAAGUGACACAACAUGAUGAUGUACUAAAAAAAGGAGGGGGGUCAAAAUCUGUUUGAUCUAUUACCAUGAUUUGAUAAUAACAGUCCAUGCUUUGCAUGGAGAAAUCCCAAGUUCAAUCAUUUCAUUUAUUUGCCUGUGAUUUAGGAAAGUGAGACUCAUCUGCCACUCAGAUGAGGUUAGACAAUACACUUGGCUGCUUUUUUCUCGUAAUGCUUAAUCAUGGUUUAUUAAACAAGCCAGAUAUUAGGAGAAAAGUAAUCCUGAUUUGUUCGACCAUUUCUUGGUUUGUUUCCUCCAUGUUUUUUCUGCCAAUACCAAGAGAAAUAAGUGCAACACAAAACCAAAACCAAAUGUAAGUCAGGAUUCCAAGUUUAAAAGGAAAAGGCCUGGCUUAAAAUCAAGACCUGUAAAUCAGUAAAUCAUGUUAUCCAAUUAUAGUUUGUUGCAAAAAUCAUUUAUUUUUUUGUUUUUUGAGAUGUGUUUGCAUAUUAUUUGUCAUUUUAAAAACAUAUUAUGAUUUAGUGUUUUGUAUAAACUGAGUAACUGCAAAGCAUGUGAUUACAUACUUAUGAACUAUUUUUUAGUCACAAUAAUAUAAAAUAUUUUUGUUGACA